UUGGUUAGAAGUUAGAGGUGUGAGGUGGGGUGGGGGGACAUAUUGUUGACCUCUCAAAAUAUGGAGACAGAUAUCCCGUUUAGCGUGGAAGUACGUUGUAAACCGCGUUCCAAACCCAACGGAUACGACUACACUCGCAAGCACGCGAUCACAUCAUCAUCAUCCCUCCUCUUUCUCUGCUCUCAAUUCCAAUAUUCUUGUUCCCCUAAGAAGAAGAUCCAUCAUCCUCUCUCUCUCUCUCUCUCUCACAUGGAUCUUCUUCUUCUUCUUUCCCACCAUAACAACAACCUUCUGCUACUAGCCCUUUGCCUUUCUGACCAUCUCUUUGUUCCUCCUCUUCAGAAAUCUUAAUUCUUAAUUUUGGAAUUUAUUUUUUAAAAAAAUUAAAUUAAAUUAAAUAAAUAAAUAAAAUUAUCGUACCAUGAUUGUUGGAGAUGCGUUGGUUACCUAGCAUUUCAUUCUUGUCGUCCUCUUCUUCGUCUACGGCUUCUCCGUCUUCGUCUUCUGCGUUUAGAUCGACUUCUUGUGGGACUGGAAGCUCUGACUCGCGCCAAAAGAAGCCGGCCACCUCCUCCCCCAACGGGAAUUUAAGAGGAGGUAGCUUUUGCUCCAGAAGGAAGCUCACGCGCCAGAGGAAGCUCCGGCAUUUCGCCGGCGAUAAUGUUUCGGGAAUUGCCAGAUGGUCCGAUUCGCAUUCGCUGGACUCCCCCGAGGGUCUAAGGCGAUGGUCCACGAGCUGUGAAUACUUGCCGAACGCCUCGUCAUCUACGUCGUCGGCGGUUCCUCAGCCGUUGCCUUUGCCGGAAUUCUCUUCUGUUUUUCGACGGAAGGAUAAUUCCGGCGAUGGCGACUGCCGGCUUCCGUCGCCGAAAUCUGCACCUGGCAGGGGCGUGGAGGACCGAGAUAGGGACAGAGCUGAAGGAAUCGGAGAAGGUGUCUCGGCGAACACUCGAAUUCGGAGCGUGUUUGCUUCCCAAGACACGAGGACUCAAGGUCAUGCUGAAAUAAGGCCGUCUAGGAAGGGUUAUAAUAAUGAUCAGAGUGGUUUCAGAAUUGAAAUUCCGAUAAAAAGUGCUCCAACUAGUCCUUUGUCAAGUCCUGGACUUAGCCCACGAAGACAGAGUGUUGGAGAUGUGCUUACUUAUCAUUAUGUCGUUCCACAAGGAAAUCAAGUUUGGUCUGCACCAGAGAUGCCAACCGGGGAUAUAAUUGGAGGACACCAUCCUCCGUUCUUUGAUUAUACUGUAUUUAGUAAUGACAGUUCUCCAUUAAACAGUCCACAGGGAAGAAGUACCUGCCAAAAUCCGAGAAGCCCAGGAUCUACAUCGCCUUUGCAUUCCAAAUUAUCAUUUGAAACCUCUACACCUCGUCGGGAGGGUAGUGCUUCUCUAGAAGUUCACCCGUUACCACUUCCUCCUGGAGCAGUCAUAUCUUCACCAACGGUUCCCAUCCCCCAAGUCACAGCUAAGCCAGAGUCACUGCCACUGAAAAGUCAAUGGCAGAAGGGAAAGCUUAUAGGUCGGGGAACAUUUGGAAGUGUUUAUGUUGCUAGCAAUAGAGAAACUGGAGCUUUAUGUGCAAUGAAGGAAGUUGAAAUGUUACCGGAUGACCCAAAAUCUGCAGAGUGUAUUAAGCAGUUAGAGCAGGAAAUUAAAGUUCUUAGCCAGCUCAAGCAUCCUAAUAUUGUUCAGUAUUAUGGUAGUGAAAUAAUUGAAGAUCGAUUCUAUAUAUAUUUAGAGUAUGUGCAUCCUGGUUCCAUAAAUAAAUAUGUUCGCGAACAUUGUGGAGCGAUCACAGAAUCUGUUGUUCGCAAUUUUACUCGACAUAUCCUCUCUGGGUUGGCUUACUUGCAUAGCACAAAGACAAUACACAGAGACAUCAAAGGAGCUAAUUUGCUUGUUGAUUCAUCUGGUGUUGUGAAGCUUGCCGAUUUUGGGAUGGCUAAACAUCUUACUGGACAAGUAUCAAAUCUUUCUCUAAAGGGAAGUCCAUACUGGAUGGCUCCGGAGCUCAUGCAAGCAGUGAUGCAGAAAGAUACCAGCUCUGAUCUUGCUCUUGCUGUUGAUAUUUGGAGUUUGGGAUGCACAAUUAUUGAAAUGUUCACUGGAAAACCUCCAUGGAAUGAAUAUGAGGGGGCUGCAGCUAUGUUUAAAGUUAUGAAGGACACACCAGCCAUACCAGAAACACUUUCACCUGAGGGUAAGGAUUUCUUGCGUUGCUGCUUUCAAAGAAAUCCUGCAGAGAGGCCAACUGCUGCCAAGUUACUUGAACAUCGGUUCCUGAAAAAUUCUCUGCUGGACGUCCCAUCUUUCCCUCCGUUGCUUAACGGGAUGAAAUUGCCGGAUAAACCCCAUAUUCUAAGAGAGCAGUCUGAAAGUAAACUGGACCAGUCACCAGUAUCCCUGAGCACACCAAUUAGUAGAGGAAAGGUGACUACUUUUGAUAGUGAGACUGGCCAACAAUCUCAUCCCGAUGCUAAUGACUUAGCCGUGGCGUGCCGGCUGUCACCUCGUUCUAUCCUUGAGGCACUUCCUGGUUUAUCUCCUCCACGAUCAGCUCAGAACACCCAUCACCCCAGCUCUUCUGCAUAUGUUGCAAGUUGUGUCAUCGAUGGUGUGAAAAAGAAUCGUAUUUUCCGAUAAUAUUUGGAAGAAAGGAAAUUUCCUAAUUCAUUUCACGGGUGUUAGAAAAUUUCCUAACCCAAUUCACAGGUGCUCGUGAAAAAGCUAGCAGCUUCAAAAUUUGGGCUGUAGAUUUCAUGAAGCUCUAGUAGGUUACUUGCAGAUGUAGAGUGUGUGAUAGUUUGUGCAUUGUCUUCGUAGUGGAAGUGUAUCAUACAGUGAGUACGGGCUUAAGGCUAAUUAGGCUUGUAAAAGGCGUAUGCCUUGGGCCCCGCAUUUUGAGGGGUCAAAAUUUUUUCAUAUUUUUUUUAUAAUUUUUUUCUUAAACAAAUUGCUUUAUAUAAUCUUUCUCUUAGAAAAUAUAAGAUUUUAACUGA